CACUAUUGACUGGAGUCUCAUUUUGGAAAUAUUAAGACAGUGAAAAAAUACUAAAGUUUUAUAAUUAUGUGGAUUAAACUUAUCACACAAUAAUGAAGGAAUUAAAGGGAAAAGGAUAUAUCUGUUUAUAAACGUACAGUUGAAAGUUGAUAUAAGUAUGGAGAGCAAGCUUUGUGACCCCUGCCGUUUCGAUGAAACGGAAGAGAAGGCAACUGGGUUUUGCGUUGAUUGUGUGGAAUAUCUAUGUUCUACAUGUAGUCGAGAUCAUAGAAGAAAUAAGAUAACCAGAACCCAUACGAUCCUUAAAGACGAAGAUAUGCCUUCUGAUGUGAGUUCCUUUACUACAAUGAAGACGAUGAUAAAAUGCAAAGUACAUCCAGACAGAACUGUUGAAUACAAAUGUUCAACUCAUAAUGAACUAAUAUGCGUUUCCUGUUUCACGAAAGCCCACCGACAGUGUCAAACUAUUGAUGAAUUGACUUUUGAAAUAACUAAAAAACAGUUGGAGAGUGUGGCCCAACGAACGAAACGAUUGCAAAAAGAGAUACAGGAAUGUGGAGAUGCCCGUCUAAGAAUGACGAAAAUGCUAAAUGAAAAUUUAGUUAAGCUAGAAAAAGAUUGUGAUCAGCAUGCUGAGGGUAUGAAAGAACGCAUAGAUACUCUGAAUAAAAAAUUGAAAGAAAAUAUUCGCACUACGAUUGGUGUUCAAGUGUCGAGCAACGAAGGAGAUAUUGACGCGAUGAGCUCUUUACAAAAUGUGCUCAGUACAAAAUUAAAACUUGUCAACGAUACACAGAAAUAUGGGAACGCGAGCGAGCAAGAGGCAGUAUUCAAAUGGACUGAAACUAAUUUGAAGGAAGUAGAAAGUCAAGUACAAAGUUAUAAAAAAACACAGUCUAAACUCUACAAGUUUUUGCCGCAUCCGAGUCUAGAAAAAUUGAGUGACUUAGGUCAAAUAUAUGAAUUAGACGACAAAGAGAUAACAGUUGUAUAUGAACAAAAAAUCGCAAGUUGUUCGAGUGAAGAAGUCGCUGAUGAGAAGAAUAAAGAACGUCCAGAAAAAGAUACGAUUCGUUCUGGUGUUCUACGCAUUACAGAGUUCUCGUUUGUCCAAAAUGAAAUUUUGAGUUGCAGAUAUGUUGAAUUAAAUCCAUUGGUUGGUCAGAGUUGUGCCAUUGCUUCAUUAAAUUGUUUACCAGAUGGGAGAGUAUUAGUCCUUGAUGAUGUGAAUAAACGGCUUAUGGUUCUGAAUUCAGAAAUUGGCAGUGUCUUUUGUCACACAUUUCAUGAGAAACCGGUUAAUUUUUGCGUUCAGCCAACAACGGACAAAUCUAAACAUUACAUUUGUGUUUGUUUCAGUGGUACCAACGCUAUCAGGCGACUUAUGUAUUUUGUCGUUAAGAAAGAUAACGUUACGGUUGAUGGCGGGUGCUUUACAAAACUUCAACCAGUUAAUGUUUCUCCGUUGGGACAUCAGACAGUUGUUUUCUGUGGCCGAGAAAUCGUUGACAAUUUAGAAAUUAGAGAAACGAAAACCGGCAGAAUAGUCGGCAUCACAAAUGUCACACAAAAAGCACGAAAAGUUCGUGUUUUUGAAAUGUCUAAUAAACCUGUGAUAUUUGUCUUGGAGAGAAAUGCUGUAAUUGUGCAUGGUAUCAACAAAUCUAAACAGCUUUUCCCUCAUACAGACUGGCAUAUCGACCUAAAAGGAGGAGAACCAACAGAUGUUACUGUUGAUGAAAAGAAUAUCUACAUAUGUUGUGUAAAUAUAAAUUGUGUGUACAAAAUCUCACUGAGUGAUAAAUCCAAAAGCAAAGUUAUCAUUGAGAACAUUGAACAACCGGUUGCUAUUUGUUAUGACAAAAGAAACAAUCAAUUGGUCGUUGGUUGCAAGGUACCACCAGUUCUUUACGCAUUCACGUUUCCUUUAAAUUAAAAGUUGUUGUUUGAGUGUACUACUAGAGAGAAAGUGCUCGUAUUUUCGUAUUUUGGUUAAAAGUACUAUGAUUCUUGGGAAGAAAAACUAUAUUAUAUCGGUGUAUUACGUUUAAGCCAUUAUUUCAUCAUUGAUGUUCAAUGCUUUGGGGAAAAUAUUCAUAUAUGGUGUGAUCAAUUGGGUGAUAGCUCUAGAUUGGACAUACUAAUUCACCAAUUGCUCUUUGUAUCGACAAAGGAAAACGAUCGCUUAAAACUACUUAUUGUUUGCAGGGGACCAACAGUGUUACAUGAUUCUCUGAAAAUUGUAGAGUGAUUAGCAUGUGCAAAUGUGAUACUUCUAACUGGUUAUGUAUUGUAUACGCAAUGGUUAUUUUUUAUUUUAGUCUUCUAAACAUCAAGGCGGAAGGCCUGGGGCUAAUGUGUAUAAAUGAAUGAAUGGCAAAUGAAUAUUUGGUGUGCGAUUUCGUCAAAAGCAUCCUAAACGAUUAAUUCACAAUAUGUUCGUCCACGUCAUAUGCAUAGACAUGAGCGUAAACACUUAGUAAGUUAAAUGAUUUGAGAAACAAUGAACUACGUUAUGUAUGUUGUGUAUAUUGAAUUGAUUCUAUGUGCUUUUUCUGCUUUUUACAUUUGUUUGACAAUAAUUUAAUGACAAUAUUGAACUUAUUAGUCACAUUCUAAUAUACAGUGUUUUGAUUUAAUCAUUAGAGUAUAAAAUCUCCCUUAAUAAAUGCAAAAGUUCGACUCGUUUGGCACGUUGAUUGUACAUUGUAUUGUGGAGUAUGUCCAUAUGCCAAGCUUAUAGUAAAUAAAAUCAAAUUA